CUGAGUCCACGUGCAAAAAUACAGAAAAUAUUUUUUAAGCAGCUUUAAAUUGGUGCAUUUUUUCAUAAAGCAGUUUGCAUAAUACUUGAAGCUGCAAAAUAUUUGAACUUAAAAUUAGAGAUUUUUAAAAAGAUAUAGCUUCAAGCUGGAAUGAUUUCACAAUCAAAUAAGGACCAGCACAUCAUAAACACUGGAAAAAAAAUAUAAACAGAACUUACACUCUCACACCAACCAAACAGCAGAAAAAAAUACAAGUGCAAUUACUGGCUGCUAUGUGAACUGUUAUCUACCAAAUGGUUUUCUUACAGUACUGAGAUUUUUGUCUCCAUACUGCAUGCUUUCAACAAAUGUGGUUUGCAUUUCACCCAAGAAACACAGGAUCUCCUUUUUAAUAUCUAUAUAAAAAAACUAAGUGUUUGACAUUAAGUUGUCUAUAGUAAAUAGCUGACAGGAAGCAAACUGUUCAAAGUUGGAAACAAAGAUUUACAACCCUGCAGUGGUAAAAUUCAUAUUAAAUUCAUUAGUUGGAAAUCCACAGGUGCAGAAAGGAUGGGUUUUGGAGAAAGCCAAGAUGGUAGAUUGAAGUAUGAAAACUUUAAAGUGGGCAAGAACUGUGUGGGAAAUAUGAUUUUUUGAAUGUUUCUUGAAAAGGAAGGCAAUGUCUUGUAAAGACAGCACAGGGAAAAUGGCAGAUUCCAUGGUGGCUUGAGAGGUCAGGAAACGAGAAUGCGUCAUGUGCUGUGCUCAGUUAUCUCUUCAAGAAGAAGGAGGAACUUGGAGAAACGAGCAUGUAGAUGAAUGUGAUAAGCAGAGGAGUAGUUGAACAUAAAUAUUGAAAAUCAGGGCAUCCUCUCAGGUGAAAUAAAAAACCAUUGUCAUUAGCUACCAGGAAGCAAAAAUGGCACAGCCUCAACCAGCAGAGGUAGAUAAACAGUCAUUGACCACCUGAACUGCAAGAAAAAUUUGGGGUGAAGCACAGACUGAAAAAAUGGAAGUUGCAAACACUUUUUUAAGAGAAUGGUCAUAAAAUGAAAAAAUAUUAUUCUUUCAAAGAGGGAAAAGCAAAUCAGUGCUUCAGAGCUGGAAAGGCAAUAUGAAAAAAUAGGUAAUUUUAAUUAUUUCUGAAAUGUUGAGGCAAGAUGAAAACAUUAAGAGCACAAUAUUAGAAGAUAACUUUCUCCUCUCUCACGUUUUCUUGAAAAUCCUAUUUGGGUAGAAAGCCACAGAGAAACAAGUCUACUCCCAUGAACACGCUGAACUCCAACAUGAACUAGAUGGUUGCAGUAAUACAUCACAUGAAGUGGAAAUUAUGAUUGACAAAAAUAACGUAAGGCAAUGAACAACUAAGGAAGGACAGAGAAAGCUGAGGAAAAUUUUUGUCAUAGCAACUGAAUUUCUCACUGUUGAAGGUGCAGGAAUCAGCCAGUUUUCUCAGAUAAUUAUCAGGCUCUGAAGAGAAGUACUCUGCACAAUCACCAGACAAGAGCAUUUACCUGCAGAAGGAGCCAAGACACUCCACAAGAUUAAUUCAGCCACAUGCAGCAAACUGUGGCUGAUGUCAGGGUCUGAAUAACCCUGGUAGAAAGCACAAUUUACCUUGGAAACAAUGAUCAUGAAGAGGUCUGGAAUCUUGAUCCCCAAAAGAAUGUGUUGCUCACAAUAUAUUGUCCAAAAGGAACGAGCAUUUAGAGAAUGUGUUUUCAAACAGGAAUUUUUCAUGUUUUAGUUAAAGCUUUUAGCAGUGUGAUGGCAGAAUGUGGAAAAAUAAGGCCUUCACUGCCAGAGAGAAUUCUGGCAUCACCGAAGCAAAGGACUACAACAGGAGGUAAACAGAGCUUGAGAUAAUCAAACCUGGUGCCGAUGAAGGAACAAUGAUUCACUUGGCAAAGAAACACUUCUCAUAGACACAGUUUUGCUCAUCACUACUUUGAAUAUGAAACUAUAAGCACAAACACGGGAUGGUCAAAGCAUGUGGCUGCCAUGAUAAGUGCACUGCACAGACAGGAGAGGGUCGUCUUACAAAGCAGAGAAGCAAUUAGAAGGUGCAAGCACACCUGAUGAAAAAGUAAAAGGUGCUGGAGAAGAGAAUUUGAACCUCAGAAUAAAAGAGCUGGAAAAGUCAGAGCAAAAACUGAAAGGUGUUCUAGAGGACUACGUGGAGUCAGAUUCCAUCCUAAGAAAUAGGAUGAAGGAGCUGGAACUGUCACACAAAGCACUUCUUGUGAUGAUUGACCAACUCAACGUGAAGCUGAACCAGGUUGAAAAUGCCCAUGUGCGCAUUAAAGGGAAACUGCGAGACAUUCAGGGGGACCUGAUCAGCUUGGUUGAAAACCAAAAGAAGUCAGAGAAGAAGCAGAAGGAAAAAUUGCAUUGGCUUCAGGAACAGCUGAAGACAAAAGAAGAUGAAAUAAAAAGCCAGUCAGAAUACUUUGAGCACUACAAACAAAGGCAGAGACAACAGACAGCAGUACUGAGAAAAAGGGACUGUUACCUUCAGGGUGAGGUAUCUAGGCUGGAAAAGCAAGUCCGAGAUCUUAAUGCCCAUAUUGCUCUUUUGACAUCUGAGUUAGAAGAGGGAAUGGUGCAGCACCUCCAGCAGAAGCUGCAGUCAGUGUGCAGUGGGACUCAGGGCUGUAAACACCCUGGCGUGGAAGAAAUGGAAUGGAAGACUUGUACUGAAAAUGCGGAGCAUGAUGUGAAGAGGCACUGUGAGGCAUUUCAGCAAAACCUGAAGUUCUUGAGGGAAAAAGAAGAGGACACUAGAAGAGAACAGGCAGACCUGCUGACUGAACUGCAGUGCUCUCAGGACACUGAAGACUUUCUCAGAACAAAAUUGGAAGAAUCUCACCAUCAUGUCUAUAGUUUAAAAUUACCUGAAAUCAAACUACAGGAAAAAGUGGAAGAGCUUUUAGAUGGAAACAGAACUUCAGAAGAUCAAGGUAGUGUGAAGUUGAAAAAAAAGAAAGAAAAAUACCCAGAACUUAAAAGAUUGGCAGAAGGGGACAGCCGUGUUAACGUGGUAAGCCAACUGAAUGGAGAUCUAAUUCAGGAUGAAGUUCAGAAUCUGAAAUGGAGAGCAGUCUUGGAUUCACUCAGAAGCAGAGCUACUCAAACUCCAGUUGUGCUGCUACAUGAUAAAGAGUCUGAAACACCAGCCUGUACUUGUGAUGGACUAAAGAAGAUGGAGGAGCUACCAGAAGAACCUGGACCAGUUUUGGAAUGCAGUUCCAGUGCCUUUGUGAAACUUGCUGGUCUACCUGAGGCUGAGCAGGUCACUCUUGGACCACAGAGGGCAAGUACUCUAGAAGGGAGUUUCACUUUGCUCAGGUGUACCCCAAGUCAUCAUGCAGCAGGGCUGCUUCCCCCUUGUUCUGCAAAGUUCUCUAUCAAUGAGACAAUUAAGGAAACCAAGGAUGAAGAAACCUUUUUUCUCUUGAAGACACAAAGUAUAACUCUACCAGUGAAGACAUUCCCUGCUUCUGUGGUUGAAGCCCUAAUGAGGAAGAAGCUCCAGCUGACCUGGUUUGAACUUGGAAGAUGCCACACAGCAGCUUUCACCUCUGUGAAGAAAGUGAGGAGUUUGAGUUUCUGUGAGGCAAAUACUGAUCUUUGGUCUGAUGGCCUUUGCAUUGUUGCAAAAGGAGGAUUUUAUGACAAAGCUCCUGAACUUCUUCAUGCAAAGUUGCCUUCCGCUGUGGCUGAAAUUUUUCCAUCGUCUCUAGAAGGAUGCAACAUGGAAAAACAUUGGGGAAACAUGCAAAUUCUGCCAAAAAGCAUAAGUGAAAAUAUAUGUCUGGAUAAAGAUUUUGAUGAUGAAAAGUAUCACCAAAAAAUCUUUACAGGGAGAGCUAAAAGAGAAGAAAUACAGAAUGACAAAGCCCAACAACAACAGCUGACCUGUGAUCUUGAGGAAAGUCCUAAAGUUUUCCCCAAAACUGAAUUAUUCAGGCCUGGGAAGCAAGGAGUGGAAGCUAAAGAGAAUCUCUGUAGCACACAGAUUGCCCAAAGUUUCUCUGUUGCUUUUAAAGACUUUAAAAAGUGUUUUGAAGGGAGUCCUGAACAAGUGGAUGAAGAAAAUAUCUCAGAAAACUGCAUCCCUGAUGUGAAUAGCAGAUGCAAUGGAGAAGACUUAACUGAAAUGGAAGAGAAGGAAAAGCAGGCUCAGAAACCAACUCACCAAACAAGGCCCUCCAGUAAUAUUGGCCUGAAAAAAAUGAAAGACCAGACUUUGAAACUGUGUGAACCAAAUGAGGAGAAUUUCUCGUGUCAAAAAAUAGCUGCUAAAAACAUGCAACAUGCAUACUCUCAGAAAUUUUUUUGGUCAGAUGAAAAGAGGUAUCCACUAAACUUACUGUUUCCUCUGCAAGAGAGGGCUGUGUGCUUAAGAAAACUAUUCCUACCAGGGAACACUUUUUAUGAGUGUUUCUGUCAUCUGUCAUCGCUGGAAGCUGGAAAUGAAUGUAAUGUGAAAAUAUCUGUACUGGAAAAAGCAGUGGCUGCAUGUUCUCAGAGGAUAUUUCUGCUGAUGCAAGAGAAUGAAAAUUACUCCAAAAAAGUCUGCAUAUUACAACAGGAGAAUGACAGAUAUGCUCAGAUGAUGCGUGCCCUGGAAGAGGAGAUGGAUGCAUAUUUUCAAUACGUUUUAGCAGUAGAUGAGGCUAACAUUGUUUCAUUCCAAAACUUAAUUAAUAAGAAAGAAGUUGCUGGUGGAUGUUAUAAUAACUUUACAGAAGAAAACACCAUGACCCCAGGAACAUUUUUAGUUGAAACUUUCCCUAAGAAUCUCUCAUAUGUUGAAGAGAAAAAUAGGAAUUCUGAAAAGGACUCAUUGACAAUUGCAUCAAAUAAACUUCACGGGAGUGUUCUAUCCCUGAAUGGAAGGAAAAUGAGGUAUUUCCAGCUGCUUUCUGACCUAAAAGAAGAGAGAAGCAGAUGCUUCAAAGAAAUGGCUAAAUUAUUACAAGACAAUGAAAACUAUGUAGCAAAAUGUAAUGAAUUAGUACAGGAGAGAGAGAAAAAUUUACAAAGAAUAGCUCUUUCAGAAGGUGAAAAAGAAACUUUGUUGGGACAUUUGGCAGAGAUAAAGUGUGAGCAAGACAAAUAUAGGAUCUUAGUUUCAGAACUCCAAGAUUGCAAAACUAGCUGUUAUCAAACCAUUUCUGAUUUACAGGAGGAAAAAUGUGUACUGAAAAGAGAGAUAGACAGAAUCAAGCAAGAAACUUCAGAACAGCUUGAGGAAUUUCAGAAAGCAAAUGCAAACUUUAUUUUAGAAAAUAAAAAUUUGAAAGAAUUAAUGUCUUCUUUAGGUUUCACCUGUGAAGAGCUGAGAAAAGAGAAAAGUAUAGGAACAAAGAAAAAUACAGUAAAACUAAAAGAAGGAAGUCAACAACAUGGUCUUAAGCCAAAGAAAGUUGGAACAGCAUGUAGUGUAACACAAACUGAAGAACAGGGAGUUCUGCCUAUAGAUCCUUCAGAUUAUUCCCCUGGGAAAAAGGGCAUCAUCUUUGAAAGCUACAGUAUGAUGAAAGAGCAAGUUAGAAAGGCAGAAGAGGAGCUAAAAGUACAGCAAAAGGAAUUAGAAAAGUCAAAAAAAGAGGCUCAGAAGUGGUACAGAGAACUUGGUUUCGCUGAAACAAGGUACGAAGAAAUGAAAACUUGUUUGACACAGGCUCUCUCAGAAUUAGAUUGCCUUAAGCAAGAAGUUGGGGACAAAAUGCAGGGAAAGCAGCACUGCAAACCAGUGCCUGUGUACACAUUGAAGGAUGCCCAGGAAAAAGAGGUGAAUAAAAUAGCCAGUAAGAGAUUAGAGCAGCAAGUGUUGACCUUGAAAGCCCAGCUCAGGGACCAGGCUGCAUUACAAAAUCAGUUUCAUGACUUGCAGAAUGAAGUGGAACUCCUUCAGGCUCAGCUAUGUGAAAAGGAGAAAGAACUACAGAAGAGAAAGUCUGAAGUGAAGCUGACAUUAGCUCCUCUGAAGGCUAAGCUGGCUUGCCUCACCCAAAAGUGCCAGGAAAGGAACAGCUUCAUUAGGAGAAUGCAUGGCAAAUUCCAGAGGCAAGGAAUUAUUAACUCUGCAUUUGAUGAAGAGGUGAAAAACUUGGUGGAUGACAUGACCCUGGCAGAGUACAUAGUUGCUUUUACACCAGUGUGUGAUCAAGAGGUGCUGCCUUCCUCCACAGACAUUUCACAGGCUAAUGGACAGCCAGAGGAUCAUGUGGCAUGUGCCAAAGGGAAUGGGAUGACUGGGUCCAUACCUGAAAACUCUCAGCCAGGGGUGGAUGGCCUCCACAGUUCUCACAUCACCCCAAACGUGUGUGCUGGUUCUCCUAUGCGACUAACGAGCCCAGAGAGGGUCAUAGCCUUGCAUCGAGAACUAAGAGAAAACCAUCACAAAAAUUUCCAGGGAAGAAUGUAUCAGUCACACAGAAGAAGCAGUAGAGCUCUGAAGGACUGAUGAAAUGUGCUUUGGCCUGGAGGUGACUGCAGCUGCUACGUUAUGGGAAAAAGUGAGAAGUUGCUCUACAUUACCAUCUGCACCAUUUUAGCCACCUCCUGUAGUGGAAGCUGGCCAUGCAGGCCAAUGCAUGUUUGAGUCUGAGUUUUGUUUUGUUUUGUUUUCUUGGGAUCUCAACAUUUGCAUUUGAAGCAAUUACCAAGUUAAGCACAAUCCCCAUCUUCAUGAUUCUGCUCAUGUGGGUAUAUAAUAUCUUAAGCCUCGUGUGGCUUUGAGCAUUCCUGAAAGAGCCUUUGAUCUGAGUUGGGAUGUUUAGUAUAUCUGAGGCUGUGAUACUUGAGGGUACAAACUGUUUAGCAAAUGAGACAGAAUGGCAUUUUUACAAGGGUAAGUUGGAAUUGGGAAUGAUCUUCAUGAGCACUGAGAGGCUCUUGGAACAUCAAAGUGCUCUGUCCUAAUACUCUGAGUAUUUCAACCACAUGAAUAGGCCACACUGAAUUUAACUUUCAGAAAUAGAUGGGUUUGUACACUCUGGUUGGUAGUAGCAUAUGUGAUGUAAACACAUUGUGCAACCGUGCUGCACAAUACAGAUCACACACCACAACCCCUACUAUUCACCUCUGAGUACCAUUUGGGAAGGCAGGGAGAUGGGAAUGCAGGCACCGGACCUGUACAUAAAGGGUCCUGUGGGUACUUCCAUCCUUUCUGAAACUAAAGGCACACAGCCAUGUGGAGUCAGUGGCAAUACUUGUGCUGACCUGGAUGGCAGCAGCUACUCUCAAACUGUCUUACAUUGUGAUGCACUUUCAGUUUUGAUAACUGCUUUAUGAUUUGUAUUUCCCUUUUUUCUUUUUUUUAAUGUUGAGCUAAUUGCUAGGAUGUGCUGUCUUUACAAUGCGUAGUUGCCCAGUAAUUACAGAUACCCUUUGAAAGGAAGCAGCAGAAGAAUAAACUGUGGAAUCCCAAAUCAGAUUAAUGUAAUGUUCAUUUCUAGAUUACAAUUAGUAACAAGAUGACACGUUGUCAUGGUAAUGUGAAGCUUAACUACAAGUUCCUAAAAUAAAGCAAUGACAUAUGUGUAGGUUUCUACCAUUUGCAUACUAUCCACUUGAAAACAUACAUAAUUUCUACAACACUCAGGCAAUUAAACCGUACUUCUUUCUUCUGAAUUAAGUGUUUAACUAAAAUAUCACGCCUCUUUCCUGGUAUUUACACAAAAUCUCCCACCAUAAAUUAUAAAUGUUGAUGAUGAAGCUGUCCAUUUUGUAACAUCUUAAGCUUUCUGCCUUUUGGUUUCACUUUAGAACAAUUAGUGUAAGGAAUGUAGAGCACUUUGUGGUUUGUACCACAUCGAUCUCCUUGAAAUUCUACCAUCUCCUCAUACAAAAAUUGUCCAACCAAUAUUGGAAAAGUCUGUUUAUUAAUUGCAUCGAUAGACCAGUGGGUGUGUUUCAUGUAGCUGAGUAAAAUCCCAACUUUGCCUCAAAUCACUGUAAGAAAGCAGUAAACUUUUAAUGUGAGAUUGCUAGCUAAGACAGAGAGCCUAGCUAUUAUUUUCUAGUUCCCUUACAGUGAAAAGUGUUGUCUACUUGUUAGAGAGUUUGAGUUUCUUUCACUAAGCAGAAGUCAACUUGUUUAAUGUGAUAUCUAUGGUAGAGGUGCCAGCACAUGCUUUACAUGUAUUGUCAUUUUGUGGUAAACCUUCAGAGAAUGAAAAAUUGGUAACUUUGUUCUGAUUGCUUUAUAUGCACAGUAUUGUUUUGGCCAAAUUCUUUAGUCAAAGUUAAGAUGCUGCUAAGUUCUGUAAGUAAAUGCAAUCUUCUUCUGUCACCCUAAAUGGACAAGAUGCGCAGUGUUACAUGGAAAAUAUGGUUUCUUUGGCGGUUCACUUAUUUGUGUAUACUUUACUGUAUAGAGUAUUGGAGGAUAUUGAAAAUACAGCUUACAGGUUGCUCCUUAAGCAACUUUUAAAUCCCAAAUUCUGUUCUUCACACCACUAUGGAUGACAAAUGCUGCAAGUACAAUGAUUGACUCUGGUGUGAUAAUCAUGUUACAUUCAGAAUAAUGCAGUUGCUGGGAAAUGUGUCACAUACACAGCAGAGUUCCCAGGAUAAACCAUCUGCUAAGGUAUGGCUGAUGUUUGUCUUUGUGGCCUUUUGAAAAGUGGAAACUCUGAUUUUUGCGUUUCAUAAAUCUACCUGUAUUUCUCACUUGCAGAUGAAGGUUUGUAAUAUUUGAAUUUACUGUGGUUAUGGGGUGGAGGGAGGGACAUGUGCAUGCUGGGUUUUGCCACUAAUCCUUUGGAAAUCCUUUAGUGCCUUAAGGAGGCGGAGGGGUAACAGACCCUAGGAUUACAGAAACUUGUUCAAACCUCUUUCCUGCUUUAGCAUUUAGCAGAAUUCCUUUAAAAUAUAUUGUGCCUUUGGCUCCAAAUAUAUUUGCAUUAGAAAUCAGUAGCCAUGGGAUUAUGGACAGGAAUUUUUGCCCCUGUAGAAAUGUUAGGAAAGAGAGUAUACUAUUUCCUGUAUGGGACAUGAUCUAAAAAUAUAGCUAACUUAAAUUCUACCAUUGGGAUCCAUGCAUACUAGGAAAGUUGCAAGUUGCAGUUAAAGGCAGAAAAAAAGGGAAAAAAAAGGAGAAAGUUUAAAUAUACUGGAUUAAAUGCUUCUAUCAUUGAACUGACUGGCAAAUUUCCACUGGCUUUCUUGGGACCAAGAUUUCAUGCUUGCUUCUACUUGGCUUAAGAAAUUCUCGUAUGUGGUAGAUACGUGGGCAUCAUGUUCUCUUUAAUGUUGUAGGAGAGGAAAAGAGAGAUUAGUAGUUUUGGAGACCCGCCUUGAUUUAGAGUUGUUGGGAUCUGUGGUAUAAAUCUCUGUUCACUAUUUUUUCUCUGUGUAAUGUAGACUCUUGCUAUGGGAAUAUGAAUAUGCAAAUGUAAAUUCCAAUGCGAGAGGUUACUGCACAGUGUGCACUAACCAAUGCCAAACAGCUAUAUUUCUCUACUCUCUGCACUGUGGUCUUUUUGAAAACAGUGAAAAUGUAACUAACAGAUGAAGACCACGCCAGUGCAAAAAAAGCCUGCAUGAGGCAAUUCAUGUAUCACUCACUGAUGGUCCUAAGCAGCUCUUAGGAAAAGUUGAAUAAGCUUUUAGCUCAUGAGUGAAUUUUAUCUUCUAGGAAUUAAGAGCAAUUUCUUGGCACAGAGCUAAAUAAAAAAAUAAAUUUAAAAAAAAUCAAGGCCUGAAAAUCAGACGUGGUGGUCUUGUUUUUCUCCUUGUGAUGACAAGAAAGUUUUAAAGAAUAUGUAAAUAGUAAAAGAAAAUCAUUACGUGCCUCACAGUAUGUAAGACAAGGCCCAGCAUGGAACUGAUUUUUGUAGCUUAUUUAUAAAUUAUGCUUCUGUCUUUUGUUUGGAACUUGGAAAAGGAAACCAUGUAAAUUAAAUAAGGAGUGAAGACUUACUGCACACAUUUGUUGACUGAAACAAAAAUAUUUCCCCACCUCCUGAGGAAUUUAUGAGUAAUCUGGGAUGAAUAAUGUACGGAGAUCUUGCCUUUUGAGCUCUAGUGCUGUAUAAGUAUUUAACACUUUUGCACAGCCAACAGAGGAGUGGUAACCAGAAGUCAUGAAGAGCAUUUGUUAGGGCCACAAACUGGGAUCCAUUUGAGUAGGUACCAAAGAAUGCACAAAAAGGCUGGGAUUUAUGGUGUGAUACUUAUUAAGCAGAUGUACCAAUUGGACUGGGGAAGGAGGGGUGUUUGUAAAUAAAUGCAAAAAGUUUGAACUCUGACCCAUGACCACCCUGUCACUGGGUGUCACAUUAGUUUCGGCUAUGUCAGAAGCUUCAAUAGUGUAAAAGAGGCCACUCAUAUUUUAACUGUGUCAUUAAAAUCUUCUGGAUAACUCUUCAGCAAAGAUUUCCACUCUACGACAUUUGCCAUUGAUAUCAACUGUACAUAUGUAUUAAUACUCAGUGUAACUAGGAGGAUACAGAAUUGUAAUGAAGUCACAAAGUCUACUUGAUGAUUACAGAUUUGUAACUCUCACAAAUUAUGUAAGAUAUGUUGACAUUUUAUCUUGUUAACAAGAUGUAUUUUUCUAUGUUAGCUAAAUGUAUAAUUUGUAUGAUUUUGUAUAUUAAAUGUAUGCAUAUUUUAAAUUAAAAACAUUAUAAUUUUAUUA